AUACCUACUAUAGCUCGUCGUACUGUUGUGGAUCGGGAACAUCCAAUAAAAGUCAAAAUCCGUUUUAUUAUUAUAAAUUAUUCAAGAAAGACGACCGCGUGUCGUCGGCGGCGCCUCGUCGUCGUCAUCGUUGUCACUAUACAUUAACCAUAAGACAAUAUCUACAUUAUUAAAACCGUUAUUAUAUAUUAUAUAUAUUUAUACCGUACUUAUAUUAUAUAAAUAACAAAUAUAUUAUGACCGUGCAUUCGUAUACUGUAAUCGUGUGAAAAUAACUAUAACUACCUAUAACUUUGAUUAUAAUAAUAAUAUAUUACAAUAUUAUUGUAACGCGCGUGUGUGACCGUCAUCAUGGACCAAGACGAACCGUGCCUGGCACCACAGUUGUGCAUCCGUUGCCGUUCGUAUGACCUCGGCCGACAUGUCGCGGUCGUGUCCAACGCGGACCCGUGCACGUGUACAGACGACGAGACGUGUCCACACAACAAGAAGACCAACGCGCGGCAGCUGCUAGUCCUCAGAAAAAAGAUAAGUUUGCAGCAUCAACAAUCACCGUCGAUAACGAACGAAGGGAGCAAGACGAUUGGCCGUGAUGUGGAAUCGGAUGAAGAUGAUGACGACGACUGUUCCUCUUCGUCGUCGAGUAGCACUACGUCCUGCUCGUCCUGCAGUAGUGAUGAUACUACUACGUCAGAAUCUGAAGAUAACGAUUCGAUUACCUGCACUUCUGUGAAUUCGUCGCAAUAACACCAAUGUUUGCUUUGCUUCUCUUUUUGCUGUUGUUGCUACCACUGCUUCGAUUGCUGCUGCUGCUGCUACUACUGCUGUUGCUGCUGCUGCUGCUGCUGCUGCUGCUGCUGCUGCUGCUACUGCUACUGCUACUUCCGUCACUAUUGGUGUCGCUGUCAUCGCUGCUACUAUCGCUGCUGGAAGAACCGUCACUAUCGCUUUCCGAAUCUGAGGAGUUCACGUUUUUCUUCUUCCGUUUCGCGUCUUUUAAUUUUUUCUUCGAUUUAUCUUCCUUUGUGGGCCUACAAAAAUAUCGUUACUGGGUUGGACAAUACAUACAAUAUACAUACAUUGCUGUUGUGUAGCCAGGAGGAUUGGAAUGACUGCGGCCUUCGCCGAAAUUUCAAGAAAAUUUAAAAGUCUUAUAAUGUCCUGUAAUCUAUUUUACAUAUACAAGAUAAUGUACGACGUAAUCAUAUAUUAAAAUUAUAAUUUGUAUAAAAAUUGCUGCAAAA